CUUGGCGCUUGGGCAGUCAUCAAAACGGCAAGCCUGAUGCUAUUGAAACACGGUCUUGAGGCGUUGCGCUCGGCUGCGAAUGUUGGUCUCACAACCAACAUACUAAUCGUUCAUCCCGACAGACGCCGAUGUCUAUACUGGCCAUUGCACGACCCCCUCCAAUGUUCGAAGCUCAGGUCCCGGUGUCAGAGACGCUAUAAGACGUACUUGAGACAGCGAGUUGAGGUGUGGAGAUGUGGGGCGUCGUUUUCCCGCGCAUGUCCUACCUUUUGUUUGCACUUGAGGCUGCUGCCGAACUCGCAGGUUGCAGCCGUUGCAGGUUCGUACUUGUGCGGGACGUUGCCCCUAACAGCACCCCGGGUGUGGGGUAUGUCAAUGUUUGUGGGGAACUGGAUUGGCCCCACCUCAGGCUGCUCCUUGCCGUGUCACGCUCCAAAUGUGCUUUUGCUUGGCGAAGGAGACAAAGUCGAUCGCAACAGGCGAGGCCUUAAUACGCCCGCCCUCGGCGUG